AUGCAGGCUGUUUCGAAGCGAUUAGGGCACCAAUUUUCGAAGCCUUCACCUGCGAUUUUCUCUCACCAAUCCAUCUAUCCACUCUCUGAUCAAUGCUAUAGUGCUGAUCGUCCGAGGUAUACAUCUACCCUUACCACCAAAGGUGUGGGACAUCUAGUUCGCAAGGGCACUGGUGGAAGAUCAUCUGUUAGUGGCAUUGUUGCUGCAGUAUUUGGAGCUACCGGGUUUCUUGGACGUUAUCUUGUGCAACAGCUUGCUAAAAUGGGAUCUCAAGUGUUGGUUCCUUUCCGAGGUUCUGAGGAUUCUCAGCGUCAUCUCAAAUUGAUGGGUGAUUUAGGGCAGAUUGUUCCAAUGAAAUACAACCCAAGAGACGAGAAUUCAAUCAAGGCGGUGAUGGCAAAGGCUAAUGUUGUUAUCAAUCUUAUUGGAAGGGAGUAUGAGACUAGAAAUUAUAGCUUUGAAGAAGUGAACCAUUAUAUGGCUGAACAGCUUGCAAUGAUUUCAAAAGAACAUGGUGGUAUCAUGAGAUUUAUACAACUUUCUUGCUUGGGGGCAUCAUCAUCAUCUCCAUCCAAAAUGCUUAGAUCGAAAGCUGCUGCUGAAGAAGCUGUUUUACGAGAACUGCCCGAGGCAACAAUUAUGAAACCUGCAGUGAUGAUUGGCACGGAGGAUCGGAUUUUAAAUCCAUGGGCACAUUUUGCAAAAAAAUAUGGGUUUCUUCCUCUUGUUGGGGAUGGAUCUACGAAAAUCCAACCUGUAUAUGUUGUUGAUGUUGCUUCUGCAAUUGUGGCGGCAUUGAAAGAUGAUGGCACUAGCAUGGGGAAAGUUUAUGAACUUGGUGGACCAGAGAUAUUUACUAUGCAUCAGUUGGCUGAGCUUAUGUAUGACAUGAUCCGUGAAUGGCCUCGCUAUGUGAAAAUUCCUUUGCCUAUUGCUAAGGCAAUUGCAAUGCCUAGAGAAAUAUUGCUCAAAAAAGUUCCCUUUCCAAUGCCCACUCCGACAAUAUUCAAUUUGGAUUUUAUCGAAGCCUUUUCCACAGAUACGGUAAUGUCAAAAGAUGCUUUGACUUUUGAUGGCCUUGGGAUUGUACCGCAUAAGCUGAAGGGAUAUCCGGUCGAAUUUCUUAUUCAAUAUCGCAAAGGUGGGCCACAAUAUGGUUCUACGGUCAGUGAGAGAGUAUCUCCAGAGUCAUGGCCAUGAGAUUCUUUGAAUCUUUAAUCUUGUACUUUUUGUCCUCCAAUCGGAAACUUUGGAAACAGGUUUUGGAAGAGGCCUUUUUCUGCUGAGACUAACUUGGAAGGAAUAACGAGUGAAGCAUUCUUCAAUGAUUUCAUGUUUGUAUAAUUCUGACAAAUAUUUGGGGCACCUGAUCUUAAAAAUAAGCAGUUGGUUUCUUUUGGCUGGUUAUCGGGCCUUGGGUUUAUUACAUUGUGGAGGAACAAUUUGUAUUUGUUCUAUUGCUUUUCUCACAUUUGCAUAUUCACUAAUGGAAUAGUUAAUCACUUUAGUGGCUGUGCCUCCCAUUAGUUGGUCGUUAACGCUGCUUGUGGUUUUGUUUUUGGAAUUUAACUGAAAUUAUGUUGAAUUAUCUCUUUCC